AUGAUAAAUAAUAACACUAACGUUUGUGUAGGUGACAUUCCAAUUGCAAGUAUUUCUAUAUCUCCAUUAGGCACUCAAAGUUCACAACAAAUUUUCAUACCAUUAAAUGAAUCAGUUCUGUUUGAACAUAAUAAACAAUUGAAUUCUCUAGCAAAUUUUCGAGAAGUUUUAAUCGAAUUUACAACUAAUCUUACAAUAGUAUCAAUAAAUAAUAUUAAACUACAAUUCUUGUCGUUAACUCAAUUAACGGGAACCAGUUUAAUAAUUGUACUGAAGAAAACUGAUCAAUUAGUUCGUCAUUUAUAUUCCAUAUCAGAAAGAAUUCCAUAUGAAGAUAUUCAAAUAGCAACAACACAACUUAUUCAAUAUGCUAAUUUAAAUAUUGAUUUUAAUCUGGGACAAAACUCAGCAAUAAAUACAGCUCAAGUCCUUUUCUCAUUAGAAAUAUUAUUGAUGCAAUAUUUAUCAAAUAAAUGUAUUAAACAAGUUGGACAUGCCGAAAUUUAUAUUCCAUCAAUUUUUAAUAAAAAUAAAAUGAUUUCACUUCAAGUUGGAUCGAAAACAAAUCUUAAUCAAACUCAAUGUUUAACUACUCAUUUCAAAUGA